AUGGCCGAGGUGGCAGUCGGGGAGCACGAGUCGGGGUCGCUCCAAGACAACGCGGCCGGCAACCUCGCCAAACACGACCACGCCGUCGCGGCCAGGCACGACCAUCAUGACGGCGAUCGCACUGGCCACGACGACGCCCACAGCGAGCGACCACCACGAGCUGGUCUAACUGCGACCCGCUUACAAGCCUUCACGCUCGCGCACCCGCCCAGCCCACGCAAGACGGUCCACUCCUACCUCCUCAGCCUCCAAAGGCCUUUCGAAGACCCGGGUCUCGAACCGCUCUCCUCCUCGCCUGCUUACACCCGCGAUCGAAUACCUCGUUCCCCACCCGUCGAUCGGAUCGAGACCGCUUUGACGCUGCAUCCUUACGAUGAAUCGAAAGGUCGGAAGCAGAAGAAGGGAAUCGAGGCGAAGGCGGAGGCGGAGCUGGAGGCGGCGGGGGAGAAGAAAAUCAAGAAGAAAUCUUUGGUCGCGGCCUUGCAGCCGAGGUUCUCGAACCAGCACACGGUCCAGCACGGGUCUUCACCGACAUUGCCAUCGACCUCCAAGCAAGUCCUCAAAGCCAAAGGAACCGCCGAACGACGCACCAAGACGAGUCGGUUCGUUAGGAAUGAUUCCUCCUCGUCUGAACUUGUUGCUCGGAUCGACCAAGCAUCCGAUCGGCAGAACGAGCAGCCCGAACCGGGAUCAUCUCGGCCACGACCCGAGGCAGUGGCGACCCAGGACGAGCCGCGCAAGGUGGCGAAGACAUCUCGACGAGCCCGCAAGGAGAAUGAACCCAUUGUGGAGUCCAAGCACAAGUCCAAGAGUGCACCUGAGGCGAAGAACGCUCGCGACUCGAAGCCGGACAUGCGUAAAGGGAAGGGCAAGGCCGAAACCACAUUUGAAGAGCAGGAGGAACAAGAGGCAGAGGAACGUGAGUAUGGGAUCUUCAAUACUGAGUCAUUUCAAUGCAUGGCUGAAUCGUACGAGCUAUCCUUUCACAGGCUUGCGAGCACGAAGAGAACGACGUCGGGCCAAGGCGCUGAUCGUCAAGGAUCGCUCCAAGUCAGCCACCGCCGUCGGCACCGCCGCGGCAGCCAAAGUCGUCGCCGCCGCGGAAGCAGCUUCUUCGCGCAAACCGAAACGGAUAACACCGUCGACUUCGGACGAGUCCCUCUUACCCAAAGCUGCACCGACUUCGAAGCGACAUAAGAAGACCAAGCCUGACGAUGCGCAUGGUUUUGUGGUUGAGAUACCACGGGCGAAGAAUCUGGGUGCUUCGAGAUUGACGGUAAGCUAUGUGCAAUGAGUUUUGAAGUCACGGGCUGUCGCUCGCGACUUAUGGUGUUUCUGCUAUCUCUCCUUUCAACAGCUACAACCCCCUCACAAACUGGGCGUCUUCAAGAAAGGUGCCGCCUCGGGCAAAGUCAACGUCAGGAGGCCUCUCCCCGAUCUUCCAUUUUCCGAGCAUGGUUUCCUCGACGGACCUCAACCAUCCAACUCGAAAGUCGGUCGGAGCGCCAGUCCAUCGGACAUGUCAUCGAUCGGACCCCUCGCUGCACCGACACAACGGCCGCCCACAGCGUCGAAGAGCAAAAAGAGUAGGGGAAAGCAACCCUUGCGUCAAACCCGACCCGAGUCCGACCAUACAUCCCCUUCAUCCGAGCCAGCUCCUGUGAUUGUCGCACCGCGGAAAUCCCCCCUCCCAAAAGGUGCUCGUCGUCUCGAUGUCGCCCCGACCCCACUUCGUAUCCCCCUCGGACCCUCCCGUAGACUGAGCAACAGCCAACCCUCAAGCUCGAAUGCGUCGAUGCUUUCACCCGCCGCUUCAGCAGUCGCGGAUACGACCUCGCUUCAUUCGGCUUAUUCAUUGCGAUUGAGGCGGGAGCGCGCGACGAAGUUGACGGGUAUGCCGACGCCGAGUAACCUUGGUUCGGCACCGGUUAUUGAUACGAGUACGUACUGGUCCCAGGCUGCGAAUGUGACGAUGAAUACGACGACGAAGAAGUCGAGGCCUUCAAAUGGUUCGGUCUCGAAGGAGGGCCAAGCCUCGUCACUCGUUCGGGCCAGCUCAUCAGCCGACUUCAUCCAACCCGCAACCCAAGUCAGCAACAUCCUGACCCCUUCUUCAUCCUCGAUCGAACGUUUAAUCCAAGAUUGCGCCAUGCCACUACAAAACCUUAUAUCAUCUGACGACUUCGUUCAUCUACCCUUCGAUCAAGCGCCGACGUUGGAGGAGGGUUUCGAAGGGAGUACGCGAUGGCGCUCGCCGGCUUUGGCGGCUCAUGAGGGACAGUUGAUUGGGUCUGUGAUGGAGCAACAGGUGGGGAGAGAUGGGAUGAUGAUGUACGCUUCCAAAGAGCCGAUCACCACUAUCCACAAUCCACUCGUCCAGACCCUGCCUUCAUCGUCCAUCUCCGCACCUCCAUGUCUCCUCGGCCCAGCCGCACCUUUGAGCGACGAAUCCCGCGAGAACAUGAAUGACGACGACAACGACGAACAAACCCCCGUCUUCCUCGAACCGACCGUUUUCUCCCCUCGACGAACGCGAUCUCAACCCCGUCGUGCAGCUCAACGACAGAAUCAAGAUGAUUCGAUCGAGUUCCAUGAGGCAAUGAGGAAGUUUUGGCCGAGGUCCAAGUGCUGA